GUUGCCAGACCUGAUUGAGCGACAACGUACCUCGUGUGGCUAGAAAUGGUUGGAUCGAUUUUCAAUCCCACCUCUUUCAAAGCAAGACUUCAAGAAGGAUGCAUUUGAUUCCAGCUGCGGAACAGCAUUAUAUUUGUUGUUAGUAGUUGCAUGGGAAGCCGUGUUUCCACCGGGUAAUGGCGAUUGGUUACUGCAUGUAUUUGGUUUGCCUGUUGCUGUGCGCUUCACGAUCACUACGAGCGUCGGAUUCAUGCUCAGGUCACAAUGGCAUACGCCUGGUGGAAUCCACAGACCUCUAUAGCGGGCAAGUUCAGCUCUUUAUCAACGGGACUUGGAUGUACAUUGAACAUCGCUAUUGGACACCCAAAUUAGCCGAUAUUGCAUGUCGUCAGCUAGGAUUUUCAAAAUCUGUGAACUCCGGGUCUUUCUGGACGUUUAACAAUUCACACGACUAUUGGGUGGUGCAAGGAGGCUUCAGCUCAUGUCCAGGAAAUGCGAUAAAUCUCCUCAACUGUUCAAAAGGAUCGUAUACUGCGUCCUUGGUCCGUUUCUUUUACGUUGCGACGGCAGUGUGUGAGGUUGACUGUGGAGAACCUCCCCAUGGCGUCAAGUCUACUGUGUCCAAAGUGAAUACAACUCUUGGAUCCACUGCAAACUACACGUGCUUACCUAACACUCGGUAUCUGUCUGGCAAUGCUACCUUGUCUUGCAAUUCGUCUGGGCGAUGGCAAGGAGUCGUGUAUGCGUGUCAAGACAUGCAAUGCUCUGUGAGGAAGAACAUAACCAACGGAGUCGUUUUUGGAGUACCUUCUCAACUCACAGUUCAAUCUCUAGCACCGAUUGAAUGUUCCCCUGGUUACCGAUUCACGGGCCGGUUCCCCAUGGCAAAAUGUACCAACCUGAACCAGAGUUAUGCGGAUUGGGAAUUACGAGAUGGUAGCUGCGAACUUGUGCCUCCUACUCUGGUAUUGAACUCCACUAGUACAGAGAUCACUGUCCGAGUUGAUCACAUGCUGUCGUCCGAUCCGACCAUCACAUACUGCACUGUGAUGACGUCAAUGACAACUGGAUCAAAUAUCUCCAACGCAUGCAACACAAGUGCAUCCAGAACAUUACGUCAUCGGUCGGCGGAUGAUGUCAUUGAGAUUCAGGCGUAUGUCAUCCUGGGCUCGCCAGCGGAGACAAGUACUAGAUCGUAUCCAGUCGUUCUUCUCCCCUUUGCCAAAUCACCAUCAGACCCUAAGGUCUUCUUACAGGGUGCCCAAGGUCACAAUGUAACUGCAGAGACAUCGUCGUGUACAACCGGCAUCGCCAUAGGCCUGGGUGUGGGCAUACCUGCCCUAGUGCUACUUGCUGCAUUGCUGAUCGCGCAGUGCCGGCGGAUGCGCGCUGGACAGCCUACAGCAGCCAGCCGCACAGCAAGAGAUACCACCUGUAAGACAGAUGUGGUUGUUAUUCGAAACUCAUCCGCUGUGCCCAGAGGCAGCAGAGAUGACGGAUAUGAGGUAAGGGACUUGUCAGACAAAGUCCACGAUUCACGGGAAGCACACACGACUACGCCGCGACAUCAUGGCGAACUCGGAAAGAGUUUGCGCAACGCCAGAAAAUCGCUAUUUCAACGCGAGAAGACGACAAAAUCGGUGGAGACGAGUGGCUCUACCGGCGAAGGCCGGAUGGCAGCUGUUCGUGAAGGAUCAGGGGAUGUUGCAUCGCUCGGCAAUCAAACCAGAUAUCCGGCAAAUGAGGCAACGGAUCGGUGCACCAGCUCACGAACUGUGACGCCUAACGCCAAGCACAGCUCGUCACGCAAAACAACGUUCCGUUCAGUACAUAAGAAACGUGCAUCUCCAGUGGUGAACGAUACAACGGCGGAGAGCUCUUCUCGCGCGAGGAGAAGCUACGAAGGAACUAUACCUGAUGAAGCGGAAGAGACUUAUGAGCCUAUGGAGAGCGAUAUGAUCACUGGGUUUGGCAAAGUCAACGCCACGAGCAGAACGGCUAUUGCAUCGCGCACAUCGGGACCAAUAGCACGACAAAAACAGUUAAACCCUGCAGAUUACUCGCAGACAGUGGAAGACGAAGAUGCGAUUAAUUAUGAACAAACCAUCCCAGUUGUGCCAUCAACCUACGAGCCCCCAACUGCCAUGACCUUCGGGACCAAUGGUGGAGCCUGCAAACCCGCAUUGAACAACCUGCCACCACCACCACCACCAAGCAAUAUCGCCGAUGACUUUUACGAAGAGGCCAACUCUGCUCCAAGCCGAUCUUAUGAGGCAAGGGCGAGUAACAAUCGUAAUGGCGCAGGAUCGCACGACUCUUCCACACCCUACCUUAACACGGCGGGCAAACCGACUGGACACCAACCAUGGCUUCCCUUCCAACCCCGCGCGGUCCUGUCCCGCAUCUCUACCCAGAAGGCACAAGAUGACCCUAUAUACAUGAAUUACAAAUGAGCGUCAUGUUGGUUGCUUGUUUCGAUUACAAUGACGACCAUAGCCUCUUCCACACCUUCCAUUAAUCUGCCUUGAUUUGUGAACACAUCAGUGAGUCAAAGCACAGCUUUCAUCACAGUGAACAGCCAUAAUAAUACUUCGAAGUAAUUACGUGUAGUUGCGAGCAUAUUUUGUCCUAUAUAAUUAUUAUUAUCUUCUUCUGCAAGUGCUUCUGAGCAAAACAGCUUUGCCUGCAAUGAAUGCAUGGUACAUAGCAACCAUGAAACAUGCCAAGUUUAUAUUUUAUUUCAUUUUGUUACUAUUAACACAGCCCUACUGGAAAACAGGUACUUGAUGUACUGCUUUACGUCACAAGAUUUGUGUCCUGGGCAAUACACACAUUGUUAUUGUCCAAUUUCGCCACUUGCCGUCCCCUGAUUCUGUUCUGUUUGUAUAGAAUAGAUUGUUUUGGCUAUGCUGUGAUUGGUGUGCACUUGUCUGCGUUGCAGUACCCAAGUAUCACUUCCAAUGGUUUGGGCGUCUUCUGGCGACGCAUUUGGUGCGUAAUGCCACCAUGUGCUUUGCAUUGAUUCCAAUGCGAUUGUUGGGAUUCAUUACUCCUUCCUAAUGUGUCCGACUGAUCACACGACAUGAGUACCACGUAUGAACAAUGAUCGCACCUGCACGCGGUGAUUUCUUGAUUUUAUAGCGCUGUGAACUUACACCACGAUUCUUGACUCCUAUUUUCGCCACUGAACAGGUGUGCAAGUAUUGUUAUAGUUACCUGGAUGCUGAAAAGUGCAGCAUGCUCCUGUGACACGCCUGUGUACUCGUCUAUACUCUCUACAUAUCUCAUUAUUCUUCAUUUAUACAAGUGAAUCUCUGCUCAAUUGUAGGUUUCAUGUAUUUGCAUGACAUCCUGCUGGUUUGUCUCCUCCUUUGCCUUUGCCUUUUACUUGUAUUCUUUUAUCUGUUUUACUGCUGUGCUUGGCUUUCACCCUUGUCUCAGUUUUCCUGGCCGUCAUCAUGAUGUGCCAUGAGAUAAUGAAAUAGAUACAAAUACAAAAAUACAAAAUGCGCUGCUACAUUAAGAUGGACGCCUUAUGAAUGUU